GAAAAACCAUGUUGGAGGCUGUGUUUUUGUGAAUCAGAGGAGACGGGACAGCGAUGACCAUGUCAGCCCUCAACUGGAAGCCGUUUGUAUACGGGGGACUGGCCUCCAUCACGGCGGAGUGUGGUACGUUUCCGAUUGAUUUAACCAAGACCCGGCUGCAGAUUCAAGGGCAGAAGCACGAUGCCCAGUUCACGGAGAUUCGGUACCGAGGCAUGCUGCACGCGCUGCUGCGGAUCGGCCGGGAGGAGGGCCUGAAAGCCUUGUACUCGGGCAUUGCCCCUGCGAUGUUACGCCAGGCUUCCUAUGGCACCAUCAAGAUAGGCACUUACCAGAGCCUGAAGCGAUUGUUUGUCGAGCGCCCGGAAGAUGAAACCCUUCUGGUCAAUGUGGUCUGUGGAGUUCUCUCUGGAGUCAUAUCCUCAGCCAUUGCCAAUCCCACUGAUGUUUUGAAAAUUCGGAUGCAAGCCCAGAGCAGCACCAUUCAAGGAGGAAUGAUCGGCAACUUCAUCAACAUUUACCAGCAGGAGGGAACCAGAGGACUCUGGAAGGUGAGCUCCCAAAAUGCGUUCAGCUGACCUGGUGCUUCUUCCCUUUCUUCCUUCUUUGAAUUUAUUUUUCCUAUUUCCAUCAUUUUAUUUAGUCCCAAUGGAGGCGUGUCCCUCACUGCCCAGAGGGCUGCUAUCGUUGUAGGCGUGGAGCUGCCGGUCUACGACCUCACGAAGAAGCACCUGAUUCUCUCAGGCCUGAUGGGGGACACUGUGUAUACCCACUUCCUCUCGAGCUUCGCCUGCGGUCUGGCGGGCGCCCUGGCCUCCAACCCUGUGGAUGUUGUGAGAACUCGUGCGAUGAACCAGAGAGCCCUCCGUGACGGCAGGUGCUAUGGCUACACGGGUACCCUGGAUUGCCUGCUACAGACAUGGAAGAAUGAAGGUUUUUUUGCCCUAUAUAAAGGGUUUUGGCCAAAUUGGUUGAGACUGGGUCCUUGGAAUAUCAUUUUCUUCGUGACAUAUGAGCAGUUGAAGAAAUUGGAUUUAUGACAAGUCAAGGCUGCUUGAGACACGCCUCUGAAAAUGUUACCUUCCAAACCAGUAAAGCUUCCUGUGAUUCACACCGCUUCUCACUGCUUGGCUCGUCACAGAUUCUGAGGUCUGAGCAUCAGAUGAAGACCAGGUGAGUUCAGACCGCUGUGUGUGGGCGCGGAACAUGCUGCGUCGAAUGUUUAAUGGCAUCAACUUUAGCAUCCAAACGCUAGUCCUUACCAUCAAAGUGCCCUUCAACAUCAAAGAUGACAUGACACGCGUGUUUCUGGCUGAAGAAAACUCGCAAGAAGAUCAGGAACUAUGUACUGUUUUCUUCAGGGGAGCAGAGCACGUGACGCAUCGCUGCUCCCCCGAACCGUGGACUAGAGCCUCCCGGAGGGUGUCAUGUUCCUGAGUUUCCGGGGGGCUUUGGCUUCUUGUCAGCUGAAGCAGUUUCACACGUGGAGACCUGGACCUUGCAACUCCAGGUACACAUAGUGCAGGAAAUAGAUCCCUGGAAUAUUGCACUGCUUUAUAGUUUUCUAUUCUGGCAGGAUCUCUCACUUAUAAUAAGUGAUUUUAAGCCUUUGCAGACUUGACCUUUGUGAGGACUUGUUACAAAAUAUUAAUGUCUGAACUCAAGACCUGUGAUGUGUUGGCUGUGAGGGAGGCAAGGUCGUGUGGGUGGGAGGCUCUGUCUGUAGGUCAUUCAGCAACUUGCUCUGUGAUUUUUCCCAACGUUUACUUCCCAGUCUGUCAGAGGAGACAGUAACGUCUGUUGAUGUUGAGGAUCAAAUGAAGGAAAUAGUUGCAACUGCUGACUCUUAGGAUUAGUGUGUUCACAUCCUACAGCUGUAAUCCCACAGUAAACGGUCUGAGUAUAUGGAAGAGAGGCAUUUGGUCAUGGGCUGGUCCUUGUCAUUCGGAGGCUAGCCCUUUGUGAACGAUCCUGGGAAAGAAAAGUUUCAUUAUGUUCAUUAGCAAGGUUUUUCCAGAUUUCCCGGUUUUUACUUUAGUCUGGUCAUGUUUGUUAAAAUACUUCCUGUUUCAGACUUCCUAAUUGACUUGGAUGGAAAAUACUUGCUUGUAAUUUUAGAAACUAUUUCUUUAAUAUUGCACUUGUUUAUCUAGUUUCUCAUAAGAGGUUUAUCGUAACUUCCUCCUUUUCUUCUAAAGACAAAAGAAAUCAUUCUCCCUCUUGUUUCUUGUCUUCAUCUUAUUCUUUCCAAAAUAAAAAGUGGCUCUGAGAGCCCCAAGAACUUCACACUUGUAGAAGACAGCCCCGGGAAACGCAAUGUAUGUCCUUUAGUACCUCCGGUUGUACCCUGGGGGAGUAUUAAAUACAUACUGUGUCCUCUAAGGUGACCCUUCUGCAGGGGUUGCCUGACAGAUUCCCACCGUGGCCCCUGGGCAGCUUCUUCCCUGAAGCUGCAAGAACGCAGGGUUUCCUUGGGGACUUGGCAGCUUUCCUCCCCAUCAGUCUCUUCUUUCAUUUUGCCUUCCUUAUGAAUGAUGAAUUUGAAAUAAGUUUUGUCAAGCAGAAUUUUAUUUCCAAAAGUAAGAGCUAUGACAACUGUCAUUAAAAAGAGAAGGGAAGAAAGAAGGGUGGCGGGUGGCAAGUAGGUGUUAAUUGCUUGCAGAUUAAGAUGAAGGUCUAGAUCUCUGAGCUCGCUUUAGAUGUGACCCUGGAGAGCUGAGCUCAUUGGGGGUCACUCCUGGUACCACCCGCAUCUUUAUACACAGGAGACAUUUUACCAAAACAUCCGUGGAUGUGGUAAAGGCUUCCUGUAGAAAGGCUCUCACUUUUGAGCUCGUUGAGCUGAAAGGAUUCCUUUUAAUGAACCACUCUUUAGUUUUUAAUGUAGAAAACAUUUUAUUUGUUAAGUGUACAUAUGCUUUCUAAGAGUCAGUGUCAUGCAGUAUUCAUUAUAGCGAAUUAUUAAAAUCACGUACAUGUCCAUACCAGAAUGAAAAGGAAUUCAAACCUCACUGUAAAACUUAAGCGUGUUUUGAAGACAACAAUACAAUGUUUCUUCAAUGUAGAUUUAUUAAACACUUUAUAGAACAGGCUCUUAAGUUGUUGGUUUUUCUGCUUUCUGAAAGAGUUAUGCAGUUGACGCUUCUGACCAAGAAAGAACUUAAGGAUUUGGGAGACUUGGUCCCCUUGUUUUCCGGGAUGUGGCUGUAACUGCCCCCGCCCCCUUGGAUAUUGCUCAAAUGUGCCCAAAGGAUUUGUAGCUUUUAUAACCAAAAUGAAAAAAGUGGAUUGUUUUUGUUGGCUUGUGGAUUUGUGUAAUCACUGAUGCUAAAUGUUGCUGAUGCGAUAGAAAAAAAUGUGGCUUGUUCUCCAUGUUUGUUCUUGCCCUGAAAUAGUAUAUAUUAUAUAAAGAUUAUAAAGUUUUCAUACGCCUUUAUAUUUCAAGCUCUUUAUUUAAACAUUGUUGGAGUAGGAGGCAUCAACCUUGUGUCAUUAUUUAAUAAACUGGAGUAAU